AUGAGUUCCUUUGAGGUUGUUUACGGUCAGCACCCUAGAAAACCUGUUGAUCUCAUUCCAUUACCCAUGCAUUCCAGGACAUCUGAGUCAGCUGAGUCAUUUGCACAACAUAUUAGAGAUCUGCAUAAAGAUAUUAUAAAAAAAUUAAAUAUCAGCAAUCAAAUUUAUAAACAAUUAGCAGAUUCACAUCGCCGGACAUCUGAUUUAGCUGAAGGUGAUUAUGUUAUGAUACGAAUUAGACCAGAACGAUUUCCUUCUGGAACUGUUAAGAAAUUGCAUGCACGAGGAGCAGGUCCUUUUAAAAUUUUAAAGAAGAUCGGAUCAAAUGCAUUUGUGGUAGAUUUACCACCAGAUUUUGGCAUUAGUUCUACCUUUAAUAUCUCUGAUUUGGUUAAGUAUAAAAAGCCAAUAACGAUACCCAGCGAGCCAUUUGAGCCUAAUCCCUCCUUUGAGAGUGAACCCAUACCUGAGUGUCCACGGCCAAAGUUUUCCAAGAAACACGAUCGCAUUGAGAGGAUCCUGGACGAGCAGAUUAUUUCUACUAGGAGGAAAGGCUACCAGAGGUACUUGGUUCGUUGGCACGGUCGACCAGAGUCUGAUGACACAUGGAUAACCCGAGAAGAACUGCAGCAGAUUGAUCCAGACAUUCUUGAGCACUAUCAGAGCCAGAAACAACUUCCUUCAACGGAGUUGAAUUUUCUCCAGUCCGGGAGAAUUGGUGGGGACACCAAUGAGCCAGCAUCACUUUGGCUUGACUGUUAG